AACCAAAAGAAACAAAAAAACUUAUUUCUCAUAAAAAAAAAUAACUCUUAGAUUUUCAACAAAACCUUACUCAAUCGCCGGAAAAAUGAAUAUUCCGGUGACUUUCUCUUCCGUGUCUAGAAACGCUGUUUCCGACAAUCGCCGUCAUGUUUUCCGUGAAAAUCGUCAGCGUUAAGAAACUCUAAUCCGUCUCUUAGAUUUCUUUUUUUUCUUUGUUUUUGUGAAGAUCGUAUAGUUUUUCGACGAUUUUGUUCUGUUUCUGAUUCCGAUGAUGAAGAUUCAGCCGAUUAACAACGAUUUUCCGGCGAAUAGAGUAGAAUCAUCAACCAAACCAGUGCUCAAGUCUCGUCUCAAACGUCUCUUAGAUCGACCGUUCACAAGAAUCUCAAACUCAGAGAAAUUACUCAUUGCCGGAGAUGGAGUCGUCUCCGGAACAGAGUUCGAGCCAAGCUUAGCGAAAAUGGUUCAAAGCUAUAUGGAAGAAAACAACGACAAGCAAACAAAGAAUGGUGGUCGCAAUAAUCAUCGUUGUAAUUGUUUUAACGUGAACAAUGAUAUCUCCGACGAUGAACUCGAUUUCUUCGAUUAUGACCAUUUCAAGAGUUUGAUUCAAUGUGGAAGCUUCGUUGAGAAGAAUCUGUUAGUGGAAGCUACGAAGAUUAUAGAGAAGAACAAAUCAGUCAAAAGAAAAGACGAAUUGAGAAAGAUUGUUGUUGAUGAACUCUCAAUUCUCGGUUACGAUUCUUCAAUUUGUAAAUCGAAAUGGGAUAAAUCUCGCUCUAUACCGGCCGGUGAGUAUGAGUACAUAGAUGUGAUUGUGAACGGAGAAAGGUUUUUAAUCGACGUUGAUUUUAGAUCGGAGUUUGAGAUCGCAAGGCAAACGAGUGGUUACAAGGAGUUGCUUCAAUCUCUACCGUUGAUUUUCGUCGGAAAAUCUGAUCGGAUUCGUCAGAUUGUUUCUAUGGUGUCUGAAGCAGCGAAACAGAGCUUGAAGAAGAAUGGUAUGCAUUUCCCGCCAUGGAGAAAAGCUGAUUACAUGAGAGCUAAAUGGCUUUCUUCAUAUACUCGAAACUCCGGUGAAAAGCCGAUGGUUACUAUAACCGCGACCGCCUUAGCUGAACCGGAGCUGAUUUUUGAGGAGAAAUUCUUGUCGCCGCCGUUGAAGUCGUCUUCUUCGAUUACGUCUGUUGGUAGAGAUGAUGAUGACGUGGCAGAACCGGUUAAGAGAGAAGCAAAGGUCGUCACGGGAUUAGCUUUACUGUUCAAAGAAAAUCCGUAAAAGAAAAAGAAUUUUGCUAA